AUGACUAUACCAGGUAGAUUUAUGUAUGAGUACAAGAUCUGCCACCAUCCAGAGUGUGUACAAGAAAAUAAGAAUCAGCCUUUAUUGUUAUGUCGAAUGUGUGAUACACAGAUUCACAGUAAACCUGGCUAUAGUGGACAUUUGGUGUUAGAUUCACCACGUAAAAAGAAACCAUUUAGUCCAGUAGCACCUCACCCACCAGACAUUAUUACUAGUAACUAUAGUAACAGUGAUGACGAUGAGUCUGAUGUCGAGGGUGACGUGACAGAGGAAGGUGAUGUUGUUGAUGGUAUUUUUAUUCAAAACAAAGACAGGCCUCAACGAUCACCCAGCGAAAUUCAGAAGAAGUUAUUGAAAAGGAAAAAAGUUCUAAAGAAAAGAUUGAAAAAACCGUUAUUAAUAAGUUUUAUUACCUAUGAGAUGUUUUUUCGUAUCAUAUUUUUAUGA